AUGACUGGAAGAGUUGUUUUUCUGGGGCUGCUGCUCAUCUGCGUGGCCGCAGAUGUUGAGAAGAACUCUGGACUCCUGAGAAAGCCAUCCUGUCCUGACAUGGAGGAGAUUGUCGCCUGCCCUCUGAACCUCGCUCCGGUGUGCGGCACCGAUGGAAACACCUAUGCCAACGAGUGUACCCUGUGCUUCCAGAGACAAACAACCAGGAUGGACAUUUUGAUUGCCAAAGAGGAGAGCUGCUGACCUGCACAGGGGAUGAUGUCACCACAAAGCUGACCAAUCAGGGUCCCAC